AUGGCUGGUGCUUCUUCCUCUUACUUUCCAGAUAAAAAAUAUGACGUUUUUAUCAGUUUUGGGGGUAAGGAUACUCGUACAAAUUUUCUUAGUCAUCUUGUUGGUGCUUUGCAUCGAAAGAAGAUCAGAAUCUUCAUGGAUGAGAAGGAUCUAAAGAUAGGAGAUCAAAUUUCACCUGCGCUUGAAAAAGCAAUUGAGGGUUCAACAAUCUAUGUGAUAAUUCUCUCAGAAAAUUAUGCUUUUUCAUCGUGGUGCUUGAAUGAACUCGAUCAUAUUCUCCAAUGCAAGGAAAAAUAUAAAAGAAUUGUUGUACCGGUUUUUUACCACGUAGAUCCAUCAGAUGUCCGGAAACAACAAAAGAACUAUGCUGCUGCAUUUGCUACGCAUGAAUUACGUUUUAAAGACGAAAUAGGGAAGGUGCAGCAAUGGAGGGAUGAUUUGAAAGCAGUAGCAAAUUUAUCUGGAUUUCAUUUAUCUACUAAUUUUCGGUCUGAGUAUGACUUAGUUGAGGCAAUUCUCAAAGAUAUUUUGGAGAAAUUGAGCUGUAUAUCAGCAAGCGACGAUUUAAAGGGAUUGAUUGGAAUUGAAAAGCGCGUUGAGAAGAUUGAAUCAUUCCUAAACAUUGCCUCAUCAGAUGUGCGUAUUAUAUGCCUUUGGGGCAUGGGUGGCAUAGGCAAGACAACACUUGCCCGUGUCGUAUUCAACCGAAUCGCUCAUCAAUUUGAAGGUCGCUGCUUUCUUGAAGAUGUUAGAGAGGGAUCAAAAGAAUUUGGACUUAAAAGUUUACAAAGAAAACUUUUUUCUGAAUUAUUGAAGGAAAAGAGUUUAGAUACUGUCAAUGGAUUUUUAAGGGAUGGAUUUCGCCGUACUAAAGUUCUUGUUGUUCUUGACGAUGUGGAUGAUGCAGAUCAAUUGGAAUAUUUGGCUGGAGAUCGCAGUUGGUUUUGUGAUGGCAGUAGAAUCAUCGUAACAUCUCGAGAUAUGGAAGUGCUUAAUAGUAUUGGUGCUGAUGAAACAUAUGAGGUUGAGAAGCUAAAUUCUUCUGAAGCCCAACAUCUUUUUAGUUCAAAAGCUUUUCGACAGAACUCUUCAACAAAGGACUAUGUAGAGUUAUUAGCAAGGUCGGUCAAUUAUGCUGACGGCAUCCCAUUGGCUCUUAUAAUUUUAGGUCGUCACCUUUUCUCUAAGAACACAAAAGAAUGGAAAAGUGAAUUAGACAAAUUGAACAAAUUUCCCAAUAAAAAAGUCUAUAAUGUGUUGAAAGUAAGUUAUGACGGACUGGAUGAGAAUGCAAAGAAUAUAUUUCUUGAUAUUGCACAUUUUUUUAAGGGCAUGGAUCAAGAUUUUGUUAAGGGAAGAUUAGAUGCCAAUGGCCUUUUUGCGGAUAUUGGAAUUAGAGAUUUGAGAGACAAGUCUCUCCUAACUAUCAAGCACAGCAAGAUUCGGAUGCAUGAUUUGCUACAUCAAAUGGGCUUGGAAAUAGUUCGCUUAGAAUCAAAAGAGCCAGGAAAACGUAGCAGGUUGUGCUUAACUGAAGAUGUCUCUCAUGUCUUGAGAUAUAACACGCCUACAGUCUUCAAGAAGUUAUACCUUCCUGAGGGUCUCGAGUCGCUUCCCAAUGAGCUUAGGUAUCUCCGUUGGUCCCAUUACCCUUUGAAAUCUUUGCCUUCAGAUUUUACGAUGCUAAAUCUUGUUGAAAUGCACUUGGGUAAGAGUCAGCUCCAGCAUCUUUGGGAUGGAGUCCAGCAUUUUGGAAGCUUAAAGGUUCUAAAUCUUCAAUGCUCCGAAAACCUGACUCAAAUUCCAGAUCUCUCUCUGGCACUUAGCCUUGAGAAGAUAACAUUGAAAGGUUGUGUAAGUAUGGGGAAUCUUCCAAGUAGUGUCGGCAAGUUGGAAUCCUUGCAAUCUCUUGAUUUAUCUGACUGCUCAAACAUUGAUAGGUUUCCAGAACUUCCAAGAAGUGUAAAACAUUUGAUUAUAAGCGGAACAUCAAUAGAGCAACUGCCCCCAACAAUUGAGCAUCUCUGUCAUCUCGAGACAUUUGAUUUAUCAGGCUGCUCAGAAGUUGACAGGUUUCCAGAACUUCCAAGAAGUAUAAAACAUUUGAAUAUAAGUGGAACAUCAAUAGAGCAACUACCCCCAUCAAUUGAGCAUCUCUCUCAUCUGGAGGAUUUCAAUUUAUCCCGCUGCUCAGGCAUUGACAGCCUUAAGACUCUUCCAAGCAGCAUUCAUAAGCUUAAAUAUCUCAAAUAUCUUAAUCUCAGCGAUUGCUUAGGGUUAGAGUACUUGCCUGAAAGUUUGGAGCCUACUGAAAAAUUAACCAAUCCCGCGCUGAAAGAUUCUAGUUGUUCGCAGCUUGAUCAUAAUUUUGCUCCCUUUAGUGCCUUGCACUCUUUAGAGAUUCUGUGUUUGAAGGACUCAGGGAUAUGUGAAAUCCCUGACUGGGUCCUCAGUUUACCGAAAUUAGGAAGAUUGGUUGCAAGCAUAAAAUAUUCAAACUUGCGUGACUUAGCCAUUAAUGAUUGCAAUUUCCUCCAGUAUCUACCAGAGCUUCCAGUCACUCCAACUGAUGUUAAUGCAGCACGAUGCACGUCACUGGAAAAGGUGAUAAUAUCAUCGCAUGAGUCUCGAUUUAUUCGUGACGAGCAACUUCAGUUUAAUGAUUGCAUAAACUUGGAUUGCAACACCAUAACGAAUGUAUUAGUAGUUAGAGAUGGACGCGGGUUAAUCAGACUCAAAGAAGAAAACCGCCGCAUCCCUUUCUAUCUUCCUGGAGUUAUCAUUUCUUUUCCGGGAAAUACUGGUCAAAUGUUAAUUCCAGAGUGGUUCAGCCAUCAAAAUGAGGGAUGCUUUAUAAAUAUGAAGCUUCCUCCACUCAGGUACGACACAAACAUCAUGGAUUUUGCUGCUUGUUUGGUCCUUGCAAGGGACAACAAUAUUGGUGAAAGCGCCUGGAAAGCUAUGUCCGAUCUCUGGUUACGUCGCUUGGUGCGUGGCAAAACCAUCAAUGGUGAACGUUACAUCGAGCUUUCUGACUGGUUCUAUAGUGUAGGAAGAGAUCCUUGUCUCCCUCACGUGUUCAUGUGGUACUUUUAUGUGACUGAUGUUGAGUCUUCUGCAGUAGAGAUGUCAUUUCGCUUCAGUGCAGAAAAUGAGUUUAAUGAUCAGAGGUCAAGUAUCAAGGUUGAAAGGUGUGGUAUUCGUAUGCUGAGUGUGCUAGAUGCCGCAGAAUUUGGUCGUGAAGCAUCUAUUAUCGUCAGAGGCGGUAGCGGAACCACUUUAUUGUGA